CAGACACAGGAGUUACUGCUCUGAUACUCUUCUCUCCGUCUCAUCCCAACAACUCUGUGACUCAGCCCUGAGUCUGGAUGUUUACGCUUUUCUUACAGUUUUAUGAGUUUGGAAUGCACAUUUCCUGAACUGAGGCUGCUGUAAUGAGAUCCUCUGUCCUAGGUUCAGUUUGGGCUCUUAUCUUGCUGUUGUGGGAGCCAACGUGCCGGGGAGAUGAGAUUUCUUCCAGCACAGUGAACCCAUGCUGUUAUUUCCCCUGCCAGCACUGGGGUGUGUGUGUAAGAUAUGAUGAGGACAAGUAUGAGUGUGACUGCACUCGCACCGGCUAUUAUGGAGAAAACUGCACUGUCCCGGAGUUUUGGAGCAGAGUACAUCAUUUCUUGAAGCCCAGCCCAGAUGUGGUGCAUUACAUACUCACUCAUUUCCGCUGGCUGUGGGACAUCAUCAACUACACCUUCCUACGGGACGUUCUCAUGCGGCUGGUCCUAACAGCUAGGUCCAACUUGAUUCCCAACCCUCCAACUUUCAACUCAAAAUACAACUAUCUCAGCUGGGAAUCCUACUACAAUCUGAGCUACUACACUCGGAUUCUGCCCCCAGUGCCAGAGGACUGUCCAACACCUGUGGGGGUCAAAGGCAAGGCUGGGCUUCCUGACCCUGAGCUGUUGGUUGAGAGACUGCUGAAAAGGAAGAAGUUCAGACCCGACCCACAGGGCUCCAACCUCAUGUUCGCCUUCUUUGCCCAGCACUUCACCCAUCAGUUCUUUAAGACCUACAAUCGUAUGGGUCUUGGCUUUACUAAGGCUUUGGCUCAUGGGGUGGAUGCAGGGCAUGUUUACGGAGACAACCUUGAACGUCAGCUCAAGCUCAGGCUUCACAAAGAUGGAAAACUUAAAUACCAGCUAAUUGAUGGCGAGAUGUUCCCUCCCUCUGUAAUUGAUGUACCUGUUAGGAUGAGCUACCCUCCUGGAGUCCCUUUUGAGAAUCAGAUUGCUAUUGGUCAGGAAGUGUUUGGGCUCCUUCCUGGUUUGGGAAUGUUUGCUACACUCUGGCUGCGGGAGCAUAACCGAGUGUGUGACAUCCUGAAGGCAGAGCAUCCCACAUGGGAUGAUGAACAGCUGUUCCAGACCACACGCCUCAUCAUCAUCGGUGAGACAAUAAAAAUAGUAAUAGAGGAGUAUGUACAGCAUCUCAGUGGAUACCUGCUGAACCUGAAGUUUGAUCCCACCCUGCUGUUUAACUCCCCAUUCCAGUAUGGGAAUCGUAUUUCUCUGGAAUUCAGCCAGCUUUACCACUGGCACCCCUUGAUGCCUGACAGUUUCUUGAUUAAUGGAGAUGAACUGUCCUAUACACAGUUUCUUUUCAACACUUCUGUUUUGACACACUAUGGCAUUGAGAAGCUGGUGGAUUCCUUCUCUCGUCAAGCUGCUGGCCAGAUUGGCGGUGGUCAUAAUAUUAAUGCGGUGGUGACCAGAGUAGCUGUUGGAGCCAUAAAGGAGUCCCGCCAGCUCCGUCUGCAGCCCUUUAACGAGUACAGGAAGCGUUUUAACCUCAAACCAUACACAUCCUUCAAACAAUUCACUGAUGAUGAGGAGAUCGCCCAGGAGCUUGAAAAGUUCUAUGAAGACAUCGAUGCUCUUGAAUUUUAUCCCGGUCUGAUGUUGGAGAAAACUCGAUCGGGGGCCAUAUUUGGAGAGAGCAUGGUUGAGAUGGGUGCACCUUUCUCUCUUAAAGGCCUUUUGGGAAACCCUAUAUGUUCUCCAGAAUACUGGAAGCCUAGCACCUUUGGAGGUAAAGUGGGCUUUGACAUACUGAACUCGGCCACACUGAAGAAGCUGGUUUGUAUGAACACCAGGACGUGUCCUUAUGUAGCAUUUAGCUUACCAACCGAGGAGCAAAUACAAAAAGAGAACAAGGAUGCUAAAGUAAGGACUGAUGAAGCCACCAUCAUGACGACUCUGGAUGACAAGAUUUUGGGAGAGAAGCUGCAGUAUUAUUACAGCAGCAGUGAAGAUGAAGGCAGUGAUAAUGAGGAUGAGGAUGGGGAGAAAAAGACCAUCCGGGAUGCUAAUAUCAAUGAACCUGAGAUAGAUUACAGUGCUGAUGGAAGUGCGGUCAACACAGGACCAAAGGGGGUAAUCAAUGACUGGAGGAAGUACAAGAAGUUGGAAGUGGAGCAGAAACAAGAGCAGAAGAAAGAGAUGGAGAGACUGAUCAAGAAGCUGUCGAUGACCUGCCGCUCCGAACUUGACCUGGAAAAAGACAAAGAGAAGCAGAAAGAGUUGAAGGAAAAACUUAAAGGCAAAAUGACCAUGCAGGAGUAUAAUAUGCUCCAGGAAGAAGAGGAUGACGAGGACUUCCUUCAGCAUUACCGUAUGCAGCGCAUUGAGGAGAUGCGGCGUCAACUCGGCCGUGGCAAGCGCUUUGCACAGGUCUACGAGCUGAACAGCGGAGAGGACUUCCUCGAGGCUUUGGACAAGGAGGACAAGAGCACGCUGGUCAUGAUCCACAUCUACGAGCCAGAGGUCCCGGGCUGCGAGGCCAUGAGUGGCAGCUUAAUGUGUCUAGCUCAAGAAUACCCGCUGGUCAAGUUCUGCAGCGUUCGCAGCUCGGCCAUCAGCACCAGCGCUCUGUUCAGAGACAGCGCUCUGCCUGCUCUGCUUGUUUACAAAGGAGGGGACUUGAUUGGAAACUUUGUGCGGCUCACAGACCAGCUCGGAGAAGAUUUCUUUGCUGUGGACGUGGAAGCCCUGCUGCAGGAGUAUGGCCUGCUGCCCGACAAAGUCCCGGUAGACAGGAAGACAGUUCGCAAUGGAGCAAUCGUACAGAACACUGUGAGCGAUGAUGACUCUGACCUCGAUAUAGACUAAAGCCAUAAUAUUCUUGAUGCUUUAUAAAAUUGGAAAGUUUGUGUGAACAGUCUGCAUGGACCAUAGAUUACUUUUAAUUUAUAUGACCCCCUUAAGGAAGACAGACAGAAUUUAAAAUAUAUCACUAACAUAACGACAUUUGCAAAAAAUUGCAAUUGUAUCAGAGCUGAAAGUAAUUACAAAUUCACCAUCAUGAUAUCAAUCCCGGUUGAACGUAAGAAAUAUUGAAUCAUUGAAGCUUUUGUUUUACCAAGUCAGAAAGAUGUGUUAACUUUAUUGUUUUGUGACUGUCAAUUAUUUAUUCAUUGUAUGCAAAUUAAAUACACAUUCCUCUUUGCUUCAUGCUUGUCUAUACUAUUAUGAAUCACUGUAGUAUUAGAAACCUUUCAGAUAAAGAUAACUUGGAGUUAAUUUUCUAACUUUUAUAUGUGGUGUUACAUUUCAGACAGUGGAAAAAUAAAGAAUAUUCAGACA